UUUCUUGUCAUCUUUAGCUGCUUGCAGGCUGCAUGAAAGGCCAAAAUGGAUACUCUAAGGCAUUAGAGCUGAUUCAGGAGUUAAAAAAUAAAGGGCUGCAGAUGGACAGCAUGAUGUUUGGCACACUAUUGGCUAUAUGUGCUUCACACAAUAGAUGUGAAGAAGCUCAAAGCUUUUUUGACCGGAUGAAGGCUGAAGGUCAUAUGCCCAAUAUUUACCACUAUAGCUCUUUGCUCAAUUCUUACUCCUUUGAUGGAGACUACAAGAAAGCUGAUGAAUUGGUGCAAAAUAUGAGAGCUUCAGGCAUAGAACCAAAUAAGGUAAUCCUGACAACUUUGCUGAAGGUAUAUGUCAGGGGAGGCUUGUUUGAAAAGUCCAGAGAAUUAUUGGCUGAACUAGAAGAUUUGCACUAUGCUGAAGAUGAGAUGCCAUACUGUCUAUUGAUGGAUGGUCUUUCUAAGGCUGGGCGGUUAGAUGAAGCAAAAGCCAUUUAUGACGAGAUGAAUAAAAAAGGGGUUAAAUCUGGUAUCUCUUCUAGAAAUUAUGUUGUUGGGCCAGUGCAGUUUCCCCUUUUGUUGAAUAUCAGAGUUAAAUGUUUUAUCUUCCCUGGUUAAAAAUGCAGUAGUAGCUUACGUAAAAUUAUAAAAUGGAUCAUUUUCAAAAUUGUUGUAGAAAUAUUAUAAAACCAGUCUCUCCCUUUCCUUUUUACCAUUUUAUCUUUUCUUCUGUUAUUCUCCUUUUUUGUCUCUUUGUGCAGGUGUCAGGUAUGGCUGCUGAGGAUGCCCUUUGGCAUUUUACGUUUAUUCCUUAUGUUGAGGAAGUUUGUUAUAUUUUUCUUUGUUUUUUCUCCUUUAUCUGCCUAUAUAAUGGCAAUCAAAUGAAUGAAAGAGACAAGAGGAAAAUUUUGAGGAUUUUCCCAUUCUCAAAAAACUUCAUGGUGUCAGAGCAUACCUGAUCCGAAAUCAUCCCGUUCGCGUAAAAUGGCCACGGAUGAGCGAACGUCCUCUCCUCCCAAAGUUCUUUCGAAAUCCCACCUUCCUGUACCAAUAAACCACACCCUGGUUUGAUCAGACUCCUUUGUUCGUCACUGGGCACAUAUUAAAUGGAAGCAAUUAUCUCCAAUGGUCAUCGUUUGUGUUGAUGUUCAUCCGAGGAAAAGGCAGAGACAAAUAUCUCACCGAAGAACUCUCAGCACCUCCUGCCAAUGACCCAAGUGCUCGUUCAUGGAAGGUGGAGAAUAGCUUCGUCAUGUCCUGCCUAGUGAAUUCCAUGACCACCGAAAUUGGAGAGAACUUCCUGUUGUACAGGACAGCGCAAGACAUCUGGGAAGCCGCUCGUGAAUUAUGCUCCAGCCGUGACAACACGUCUGCCAUCUUCGAGAUAGAAACUCAUCUCCACGACCUGCGACAAGGAGAGUUGACAAUGACCCAGUACUACAACUCCCUCACCCGGAAUUGGCAACAGCUUGACGCUUUCGAAGAACGUUAAUGGAGUUGCCCCGAAGACGCACAGUUGUUUAAGACCAUCAUCGAACAAAAGUGCAUCUUCAAAUUCUUAAUGAGUUUGAAUAAGAAUUUGGAUGAAGUACGCAAUCAUGUUCUGGGCACCAAGCCGCUGCCGAGCAUUCGAGAGACGUUCUCUGAAGUUUGCCGUGAAGAAAGCAGGAGGAUGGUCAUGUUAGGAGAAGCUCACUUUGAUCCAACAUGAAUUGUUUUAGCCCUCACGGCUCGGAAGAAAGCAGUUAUAGGUGAACCCUAGUUUGGCGCACACCAAACUGAGACCACUGCUGCUCUUACAAUUCGGACAACUGAUUUUCAAGGGAGGAAAAAAGACCUUGGUGCGAAUUUUGCAGAAAAGCAGGUCACUACCGUGAGAAAUGCUGGAAGUUCCACGGAAAACCAAAUAACAAAAAGACCUCAAAGCCGAAACCACCUCAGGGCAACCUUAUGAUGACAGAGGACUCACGUGUAGCUCCCACAGAAGCUUCUCCUUUCAGCCCCAAGCAGAUGGAGGUGUUGCAGAAGCUUUUUUGCCAAAAGACCAUUGGUAAUGCCUCCACUGCACACAAAUGUAAAAGUUUAAUUGUUUUUUCAGCUUAUUCCACAAAAGGGCAAAUGUGGAUUGUAGACUCUAGGGUGCGGAUCAUAUGACAGAAGAGAUGUCACUCUUUCAAAAUUAUAUUAGUGGAAGGAGGAUUUCAUCAUUCAGAUUGCCGAUGGGUCAAUUUCUAAAGUGGCAAGGACGAGAUCAAUUGUUGUGUCACCGUGGUUGACUUUGUAUUUAGUACUCUAUGUCCCGAAGUUGAAUUGCAAUCUUUUAUCAAUAAGCAAAUUAUCUCAAGGUUUGCAUUGUGUUGUUAAGUUUAACUUAAAUUUAUGUAAAUUUCAGCACUUGGACUCGGGGAAGACGAUUGGUAAUGUUAGGGUGGAUUUUGGCCUAUACCUCCUAUAAGCUAAUAGAACUCCUUCUAAUGGACAAACUCACCAUGCAGUAUGUACAAACUCUGAAUCUGUAAGCCAUUUGAAUAGUAAAAGUUUCAUCAUGUUAUGGCAUUAUCGCUUAAGACAUCCAAAUUUCUUAAAUCUGAAAAAAUUAUUUCCAACUUUGUUUUGGAACAAAAAUCCAAUUUCAUUCUAGUGUGAGGUGUGUCAAUUUUCUAAACACAUUAGAAACUCAUAUGCAAAUUUGAUUUACAAACCUUCAAAACCAUUUUUAUUAAUUCAUAAUGAUGUAUGGGGUCCCUCACGGGUUAUGAAUAUCACCGGAACAAAAUAGUUUGUAUCAUUUAUUGAUGACCACAUCAGAAUUAUCUGUAUUUUUCUCAUGAAAGAAAAAACUGAAGUUGGACCAAUUUUUCAACAAUUCAACACUAUGAUUUAAAAUCAAUUUCAUACCAAUAUACAAGUGUUGAAAUUUGAUAAUGGAUGUGCAUAUUUUGAAAUCACAUUAGGAAAAUGCCUUUGUGAUAAGGGCAUUAUUCAGUAAAACUCUUGUGUAAACACCCCACAACAAAAUGAUGUUGCUGAAAGAAAAAAUAGACAUAUCCUUAAAAUUGUCCAAUUAAUCAUAUUCACUACCCAUGUCCCGAAAUAUCUUUGGGGAGAGACAGUACUCACAGCCACAUACUUAAUAAACCGAAUGUCCUCUUGUAUACUCAAUUUUCAAUCACCCUAUGACAAUUUACUACAAGCCUUUCCCCACUCCCAUGUUCUAAGUACCCUUCCUAUUAAAGUUUUUGGCUAUUCGACCUAUGUCCACGUUCAUACUCACUUCAGAAGAAAACUUGAUCCAAAAUCCCUAAAAUGUAUCUUUGUUGGAUACUCACCCAAUCAGAAAGGAUGCAAAUGUUUUGUCUGGGAACCCAUCACUUCUACAACACUAUAAAUGUUACAUUUUUUUGAAAAUCAACUUUUCUAUCCUACUAGUGAUAUUCAGGGGGAGCAUUUUAUUCAUGAAUAUCAAUUAUGGAAUAUGAACACAUCUCCUCUUUUGUCCCCUAACAUAUCACCUCCUUCUGUUGUUCCUCUCAUGUCCCCUAACAUCUCACCUGCUUCUGUUGUUCCUGAGUUCCCUGAAUCUAUGAGUGAAACUAGUAACAAAGAGUUCGAGCUACGUGUCUACACUAGAAGGAAUAAAGCUCCAGUUGAUAAAGUGCCCGAAUCAAUCACGCACUGUCAUGAAUCUAUUCCUGUACCUAGUAGUGAGGACACAACAGGUAAUGAUUCUACCAUAAUUUUUGAUACUAUUGCAAUAUUUGAUCAUGACACUGAGUUAUCUAUUGCUAUGCGGAAAGAUAUUCGGUUUUGCACUAAACACCCUAUACAGGAUUAUGUCUCAUUUGGCAAUUUGUCGUCAAAGUAUUAUGCUUUUGUGAGCAAAUUAGACAACAGUCUUAUCGAACCAAAAAAUGUUCAUGAGGCACUCACAUUGCUAAAAUGGAGAGAUGCUAUUCAAGAAGAAAUAAGGGCUCUAGAAAAAAAUGAGAUUUGGGAAUUGACAGACUUGCCUCCAGCAAAGUGUAAAGUAGAAUGCAAGUGGAUCUUUACUACAAAAUACAAUCUGGAUGGGAGUGUGAAUCGAUACAAGGCUCGCCUAAUGGUUAAAGGCUUCACUUAGUCGUAUAGGAUAGACUAUUAGGAGACAUUCGCUCUUGUGGCUAAGCACAAUACUAUUCGGGUAUUACUCUCACUUGUUUCUAAUCUUGAUUGGCCUCUCUAUCAGAUUGAUGUGAAAAA